AUGGCCCCGGCAAUGCUCCACGGUGUUAUGCCCGAGCCGUUCUAUACGCACUUUUGCAAGGCUGCUGCUGCCGUGCGCAUCCUUCAUCAACGCUCAGUUAAACGAGAUGAUCUCGACAAGGCGUAUGUCCUCAUGAAUCAAGUCUGCGAGGAGUUCGAAUGGAUCUACUGUGCGAGGAAGACAGCACGUAUACACCUUGUACGGCAUGCCAUCCACAUCGCACACCACCAGGCCCGAGAUGCAACUCGCUUUGGGAUGGGAUCAUAUCUAUCUCAGUACACCUGCGAGCGGAGCAUCGGCAUUCUCGAGGCGCUCGUACGCCAGCCUUCGAACCCCUAUAAGAACCUUUCGAACGAAGCUGUUCUUCUUGCUCAGCUCCACGCACUCUAUGCCCGAGCUCCCGAACUCGAUCCGCACCGUGACAACGGAAAGCUCCCGCAUACCGCCAUCAAGCUGGAUGGUGACUAUGCGCUGUUGCACGCAACGGAGCGCACACCUCACGAAGUGAAGCCUGAAGAGCGCGCGGCCAUUGUGCGCUACAUGGCCUCGUUCGGUGUCGCCGUACACAAUGAGUGGGAUGGCGCAAUCACCCGCUGGGCUCGUCUUCGCCUUCCGAAUGGCCAGGUCGCUCGGUGUGCUUGGCGAGAGACCUUGAAGGAGUUGCACAAGCUGCGUAUAUCACGGAAUAUCAAGAUCAUUCACGGCGACGAGAUUGCCUUCGGCGAAGUUCUCUAUUAUUUUCAGAUCAAGAUCCGAGGGAGCGAGCGCACCGUCGCGAUGGUACACAUGUACGAUGAACCAGACGCAGACCUUCUAAAGGACACGUUUGGCACGUAUUAUUCGUGCGAGCAAGUCCCGCUAUAUGCUAACAAGGGGCUUGUCGUGGUGGACUAUACGUCUAUUGACUCGGUUGUAGCCAUGAUACCUCGGGAUGGCCGUUGGUUCUUGGUAGAGAAGAUUACGCUGGCAUCGGGUACUUUGGCAGGCAUUCCGGAAGAGAUACAACCUGAACCAGACUUCGUGUAG